GAUACGCUCACCUACGACUAGCUAACCAAGGAAUCGAAUAUGUCUGGACGCGGAAAAGGAGGCAAAAUCAAGGGCAAGUCUAAGUCCCGCUCGAAUCGGGCCGGACUCCAGUUCCCGGUGGGCCGUAUUCAUCGUCUGCUCAAGAGAGGAAACUACGCCGAGCGGGUGGGAGGAGGAGCCCCCGUUUAUCUGGCCGCCGUGAUGGAGUAUUUGAGUGCCGAAGUGUUGGAGUUGGCCGGCAACGCAGCUCGGGACAACAAGAAAUCUAGAAUAAUCCCGCGCCAUCUACAGUUAGCCAUUCGGAACGACGAAGAACUGAACAAACUGCUUUCGGGAGUCACCAUCGCUCAGGGUGGUGUUCUGCCGAACAUUCAGGCCGUUUUGUUGCCCAAGAAGACUGAGAAGAAAGCACAAUAGAGCUUAGUGCCGCAUUGGAACAACAGGACAUUGUGGAAU